AGUAUCAUCGUAAUAGCGCGCAAAAUUAUGCAUCAUUUUAUCAUUUUUUCGUGCAGCCUUCAAGCGCAAUUACACUUCUUUCCAACCACCUCGUUUUUAUCCAAUCAUUGGUUGACUUCCCCUUUCUAAACUGCUCUGCCGCCGGAUCACUUGUAUAUCCCGGAUGUACACACCAAAUUCGAUAGCAAGCAUGGAAAACGUUCUAGUUUGUUGUGAAAGAUACUUUAGUUCGCUAUAUUUGUACAGAUGUGUAUAUGGCAUUUAAAUGCGUACCGUACCUUGGACGAAAUAAGGCACUUGAGUUUCCCAACAUGUUUUUAAAUCCGUCCGCAACUGCAUGUUUGAAUAUAAGCUCUAAACUCAGCAGAGGUAGUACACUACAGCUCACGAGCUUUCUUUUCACUCGCUGUAUUACUAAAUACACCAAGAUAUCUACGACAGCGAAGAGGAGGAAGCCUGCGAGCGGAGAGCCACCCGGAUCUCCGCUGCUGAGUUCGGAGCAGCUGGACCGGAUCGAACGGAACAGGAAAGACGCUCUCCAGAGGCUAGCUGCUCGCAACGUACCACCCGGAUUCGGGGAGAGCUGGCACAAAGCGCUGGGUGAAGAGUUUGCAAAGCCCUAUUUCACGAGGGUUAUGAGCUUUGUUACAGAGGAAAGAGAGCGGUACACUGUCUAUCCUGCUCCGCAACAGGUGUUCUCCUGGACUCAGAUGUGCCCUAUCCACAAAGUGAAGGUGGUGAUUUUGGGACAGGACCCAUACCAUGGCCCAUGUCAAGCUCAUGGGUUGUCCUUUAGUGUACAGAGACCCACCCUGCCUCCUCCCAGUUUGGAGAAUGUGUUCAAAGAGCUGAUGGAGGACGUGGAAGGCUUCCAGCACCCUGGAUACGGAGACCUGAGUGGCUGGGCACAGCAAGGUAGUGACUCGCCUGUCCUCCUGUGCCCUCUACAGCAGCCAUUUUCUUGGACAUCUUUCAUUUCAACCCGAAUUCCAGCAAACACGAUGUGUGUCCACUACGCAGGUGUCCUGCUGCUGAAUGCGGUUCUCACAGUCAGAGCGCAUCAGCCAAACUCCCAUCAGGAGCGUGGCUGGGAGACCUUCACUGAUGCUGUGGUCAGCUGGCUCAGCGCCAACCUUGACGGCCUUGUCUUUCUCCUCUGGGGUGGCCAGGCCCAAAGGAAAGGGGCGGUCAUUGACCGGAAGCGGCAUCAUGUUCUGCAGACAUCCCACCCGUCCCCCAUGUCUGUGCACCGGGGCUUCUUCGGCUGCAAGCAUUUCUCCAAAACCAACUGCCUGCUGGAAAAAUCUGGGAAGACCCCAAUAGACUGGACCAUACUCUGAUUGCAGGAUCGCCCACUCUCAUCCUGACCCCAGUCUGACUGCACUGACGUAGAUUGACCACAUUGUGAUAGGGCUUCAUUAACCCCAUAAUCGGUGGAACUACCCAUUGCUGUUCUCUGACAUUUAUGUAGGGGAGAUCUUAGACUUAGAAAUGUAUCUCUUGUACUGAAACACACCAAAAACCAGGCCCUCCAGGACUGAAGUUUGACACCUGUGGCCUAGAAGCUAUACAUUUCUUGUCCAUUAAAAUGUUUUGUUUGUGCUGAACUGAAGGACAUUCACAUGAACAGGCACCCCCCAUUAACAAUGGGGUUUAAAAAAAAAAAACGAUAUGUAUUUUGAAUUGGGAUUUUAGCUGGUCAACUCAGCUAAAAAGUUGACUCAUCAGGACUGGACAUACAUUUGUACAAUCUAUAAUGAAGUCACUUCUGACCAUUUUGUUUGUGUAUUCAACUGUAGCAAGAGAUGUUUAAUUUUGUAUGCGUAUAUUAUGCUUUCCAAAGCAAGAGAUUAUUUAAAAAUGCAGCCUUUUUUUGUUGUCUAUUGACGAUUACAUGACUGAAUCAGACAUUUGUUUGUAUUACACUUUCCUAAAGAGUAAAAAAAAACUAGUAAACUGUAUCCAGACUCGCCCAAUUGCUGUUUUACCAUAAGCUAGUGUACUUUGGAUAUCAUUUCAUAAAUUGACAAAUAAAGUUGAAAUAAUAGAAAUGUUAUUUUAUUUGCAAUACAAUUUCCUAGUUCCUACAUGGUUAAUGAUAAUAAAAAUAUACAAUAAAACAGUGUACGAUAAA